AUGACAAACUCUGUGGAAGAGUUAUUCUCAAAAGAAGCCUUUGGUAUGUCUAAAAGCUUUAUCAUUUAUACAUCAUUUACAGUUAUUCUGAUUGUGUUCACAUUCACAUUUACAAAUUUUUCUGAAUACUUUAUUGAAAGAAAGUCAAACGAACGGAAAGAGCUUGACUUCCUUAAAUGGCUGAAUGAAAAGAAGUAUAAACUAAAAUUGUCAGAUCUCAGUGUAAGAGCCUUUUUGGAACAGGCGAUAACCAAUGAUCAGGACCAGUUGAAAUCUUUUGCCAAAAUUGCAUUAAUGUCUAUAAAUUAUCAACGAAAAAAUUUGGCCUUAAUGGAAGUUCAGGCACAAGACAUCUCUAUAGCCACACGUUAUAGAGACAUGGCUAGCUCCAUAUUGGAUAGCCGUCUUGAGCAUGCAGUAAAUGUAACUGAACAGGCCUUAAUGGAAGUUCAGCCACACGUUACAGAGGCAUGGUUAGCUCCAUAUUGGAUAGCCGUCCUAAGCAUACAACCACUUUACAAGUUUUUUACUAAAAUUCCGAGUAACGUUUCUGAAUGGUGGGAACAUGUUACUAUACAAAUGGAACUUAAGAACAUCAAAAAAUUCGAAAAAUUAGUUAUGGCUAAAGACUCUAUCUCAAAUCGAGUGGACAGCAAGUUGGUUACAGUUGGUCAAUUAAUUGGAAUUGGUUUAUUGGAUAAAGGACUUUAUUUUGGAUUUGAUGGACCAGCUUUUAGAUUUUCCGCACAGAUUUGUAGUAUAAGUGUCUUAAGACAAACAUUAGAGGUUUUUUAUUAUUUUAAG